AUUUGAUACCCUAACUAAGGGUAUAUCAAAGUCUUUGGAUUUCUUGCAUCACCGUUCAUCCCCCUUCACUCUGCCACGUCGUGCAUGGAUUCUAUGCAAUGCCAGCAGUGAAACGUUUUUUACACGUGAUUCUGGCCCAGGUUUUCUUGGUGCCAACCUUAGUUCAGGGCAACCACGGUUGCGCGAGGCCAGGAGGCCAGGCAAAAGGCUGAAGUGACGCAUCACAGGCAAUCACAGGCCAUCGCGGGGAAACCAAGACCAGGAAAAAGACCACCAUCACACAACCCUACCACCUCUUCUCACCAGGGUCAUAAUACAAGAUUCAUGCGAAACAUCCUGCAUCUCCAACGCCAUCUACUAUUCUAGGCUGGUCAGAAGCCUGGCUGCGUGAGGCACGCUAAAGUAUCACAAGAGCCGUUGCAUAUCUCCCAACACCUUACACCCUUUUGGAGGGCUUCUGAUAGGGAGACCAAACACAACGGAAACCAGAUAUCAGGGGUAACAACAACAAGCCUGUAUAGGAAGGAUUGAAUUUGUUUUGAAGCUAUUUGGGGAUAGCCGGCACAAAUAAGGCUACCUGGCAUAACCACAAACCUCAAGUCUCUAUCAAAUCUCCCAUCCAACCUCCAAGAUGAAUCGACUCUUCGGCGCAAAGAGUUCGGCUCCAAAGCCAACCCUCAAUUCUGCUAUCAAGAAUGUAAAGAUACCCUCCACAGACGAUUCAGUGACAGCACAUACUAACCUUCCAGGUCGACGAACGCGUAGAAUCCAUCGACGUUAAACUCGCCGCCAUAAACGCCGAACUCCAAGGCUACCAAACCAAGCUCUCCAAAAUGCGCGACGGCCCCGGAAAAACAGCCAUCAAGCAAAAAGCCCUCAAAGUCCUACAACGUAGAAAGAUGUAUGAAGGCCAACGAGAUCAACUCCAGUCGCAGUCCUGGAAUAUGGAACAAGCGGGAAUGAUGCAAGAUAACCUCAAGAAUGUCAUGACAACCGUGGAUGCCAUGAAGCAAACCAAUAAGAGUCUGAAGCAGCAAUAUGGCAAGAUCAAUAUCGAUAAUAUUGAGCGGAUGCAGGAUGAGAUGGCCGAUUUGAUGGAUAUUGGGAAUGAUAUUCAAGAGAGUAUUAGUAGGAGUUAUGAUAUCCCGGAUGAUGUGGAUGAGGCCGAGUUGGAUGCCGAGUUGGAGGCUUUGGGUGAUGAAGUUGAGUUUGAGAGUAUGGGGGCAGAGGCUACCCCAAGUUUUAUGGUUGACGAAGUUCCUCAGUUCAUUGAUGAGCCACCGCAGACAACGGGGCAAGUCAAAGAAGCUGCGGGAUAGAGGUAUUUUGACGGACGCAUUCUUUGGAGUUUAGCGG